UUAAUUGCCCUAAAACCCGGAGCUUUCGCACAAAAGAUUAUGAAAUCCUGAUAAUUAAUUAAUUAACUUUAACUAAGUACCAGUCUCGUGCGUCAUUCGUUAACAAAUAACUCGGCGAUAACGCGUGCCCCCUUUAUCAUCCCGGAACGUCUGCGAACCUAGCGCUACCACGUUCAGAGCCAUUCUACCUCCACAGAACCUUUAUCCCGUCAGCACAAGGUCUAUUAUUAAAUGUUCAGAGGUGAAUUAAAACUGAACGGUAUCGACAAUUGCAUAUAAACUAAAUAGUAAAUACGUCUUGGCGGCUACUCGUUAUAGUGACAGCGAGCGUUUAACACGUGUUUAAAAUUGUGAGUGAAAAUGAGGAACGGUACGAGUGCUACGCUGAUGCUGCAGACGAUUAUGGUGCUUAUGGAGAAGCAGAAUACGACACAUGUCACCAACUUCCCGACGGGAUUCGAGGAUGCGGAGUUGGAGCGAUGCUACGGCAUCUACGGUUGUUUCUCCAAAGCCUACCCGUGGACGGAGCAUAGACCUGACAACUACUUUCCAGUCUCACCAGAGUCUUUGGGUGUGAGAUAUGCAGUGUUUACGAGACGAAAUAGACACAUACCGCUGUUACUACAAGCGGAAGACACGGAGAAAAUCAGAAAUGCCAAUAUAGACCCAAGAGGACCGUUUUAUUUUAUAUCACAUGGAUUCCUAGAAGGCGGACACAAAAUUUGGGUGCAACACAUGACCGACGCGCUACUGAAUCUUGAAGGCAAUGCCGCGGCGACAGUCACCGUGGUGGAUUGGCGGCGCGGCUCGCAGCCACCAUACGGACAGGCCGUGGCCAAUAUACGACUUGUGGGCGUUAUGACUGCACAUCUUAUACAUAAUAUACAUGAUGCUCUUGGAUUAAACAAUUUGAAUAAUUUUCACUUCAUUGGGCACUCGCUGGGCGCGCAUCUAGGUGGAUAUUGUGGACACGCGUUGCAAAAGAAAUUCAACCUCAAGCUCGGCCGUAUAACGGGGUUGGAUCCAGCGGCGCCGUACUUCAGCAACACGGUGACGCUGGUGCGGCUGGACCGUUCCGACGCCGAGUACGUCGACAUCGUGCACAGUAACGCCAUGCCUCUGUACUUCUCAGGUUUCGGUAUAACCGAGCCCAUCGGUCACGUGGAUUUCUACCCGAACGGCGGUUCCACGCAACCCGGUUGCCGGAAUGAACCCGGUUACGUCGGCGGUGAGAUGUACCACCAGCUCAUGCGGCUUGUCAGCUGCAACCACGAGAGAAGCAUCGAGCUGUUCACCGAGAGCAUAGCCCCGCCUUGCCCUAUGCUCGCCGUGCAGUGCCAUUCCUUUGAGGACUUCUCAGCGGGUAAAUGUACGACGUGCGACAAGAAGCACCUGUGCGUGCCGAUGGGCUACCACUCGUUCAGCACUUACAAACAGCUCCAAGUCAACGGCCUGGUUGAACCCAAGUCCCAUAUGUCGCUGUAUUCACUCACUGGGAGUAACAAGCCUUAUUGCCGCGUCCACUACGAAGUGACACUAAAAGUGUCAAACUCUUCGGUAAGCAGAGUCCAUGGUCCGGAGUUGGGCAAAGUAUCCAUCACGCUGGAAGACAGAAACGGCAACAGAAGUGAUCAGAAGUUCAUGACUGAUGAACAAAAAUACUACCGACCCGACGAGAUCGAGACCAAGCUAAUGGCGUUUAAGGACACCGGCCUCCCGCCUCUGUCCGUCGUAGUGGAGUGGAAGUACGAAGCCAGCAUCAUCAACCCCAUGACGUGGCGGUUGCUCAAGUCGCCCAGCAUCUACAUAGAGUACCUCAAGAUCUCGUCCAUAGAGUAUAACACUGUAAUCACAGUAUGCCCGAAAACGAAAAAGCCCGUCGUAGCAAACAUGCCCACUGUCAUGAAAACAAAGUAUUGUGGAUUUUGAUAGUUUGUAAUUUCAUUGUGCUUGUUAUCUUCUAGAUGUGCCAAAAAUGUUAUUUAUAACUUUGAAGUUCUAGUGUGGUGACUGAGACCAGAAGCUCUAAAAUAGCUGCUUUUGCAAUACUUGUUACGCCUCUAGUCCACCGACGCUGCGAACUGCGAAACCAAUGCGAAAC